AUGAGCCGCCGUAACGUCUUUCAAGAAGAAGGGGCGCGAGAGGAGGUGGGGGGGAGAGGGGAGGAGAGGGGAAGAGGGGAGGAGGGGGGAGUGGGGAAGGAGGGUCGUGUGUUUGUGGGGGAGCGUCUGCUGGCGGCAGUGGGGGCGGUGUUCACUCUCUACUGCCUCUUCCACACGCAGCGCACCGCGCCCUAUCCGCCCACCCUCAUCUACCUGCCCCUUGACUCCGUUCGUCUCUUGCUCCUCUUUGUGCAAGAGGCACCUCACCACAAGGCAUGGGAUGCCGUUGCUUCCCUGCAAGCUCUCUUCUUCGGCCCCCUCUCUUCCCCUCCCUCUGCUCCCCCCCCUGCCUCCUCCUCCUCCUCCCCUCACACUCCCGCUCCACCCUCGUCGGCGUUUGUGGUGGGGGCGGUGCCGCUGCCGCAGCAGCUGCAGGCGGGUUUGCAGCAGAGGGCGGGGCAGGCGAGGAGGCUGGUGGAGCAGCAGUUGCGAGUGAUGAAACAGAAGCUAUUUGCGCAUCUCCCCAUCGAACGACACAUUCAGUCUGAUGCUGCAGAGGUAUUGGACGUAGAGCAGGCCGAUGCAGCAUGCUGGCUCUAUGACAACUCCCUGCAGCGACUCAAAACAUGUAAGAACUGCCUCUUCUACCCCACCUCUGCAUCGCUCCCCCUCACCAUAGUCCGCACCACCUGUUUCAUCACACCAGUCACCUCGCUUUCUGCCAUCCGCACUCCUCUGAACUCCUCCCACUUCUGCUCUUCGUGCAUCCUUCCUGUCAAGGCACUCCACCUGCUCCUGUUCCCUUUCAUCCCUCUCAUCCCUCUCCUCCCUCCCCUCCCUCCCCUCCCUCUCUUCCCUCUCCUCCCUAUCCUCCCCUUUCUCCCCUUUCUCCCGCUUCUCCCUUUUUUCCCUCUCCUUUCUCUCCUUUCUCUCCUGCCUCUCUCUCUCCUUCCGUUCCUUCCUCUCCCUCUUCUCCUUCUUAUCCUUCCGUCCAUCCCCAUCGCCCGUACUCCUACUCUCGCAAUCCUCAACCUCUCUCCCUAA